CGAUUAACUUUUAUUGUGGAUUUUAACUACAAGACAAAAGACCAUUAUUCCUCUUGAGCCAUUCAUCGUGCAGUAUCUAUGGAAAUGCGAGACGCACAUUCCAGCUCGACCAAGCGACGCAAAUGAUGUUCCUCCCUUCUUGGAUUGCCAAAAGCACGUCGGAGCUUGACUGUUUUGACGAUUCAAAGAGUAAUUAUUUGGAAAACCAGUAAACGUUCGUUCGAAGAAGCGAAGUGAAGUCGCAUUUAAACGUUGCCGAAAUUCGUACCAGCAAUCUGCUAGGGACAAACUAGCGAGGAAAACCAAAGGAUUCGAAACAGCUGCUCUCUGGAAUGCUUCAUGAACUUUGAUGGCCCCGCGUAUGGAUCCAACAGUUUCGACGACAAUGCCAUCAGCGACAGACAUUUCCGAAUCAACUGCUACCGAUGGAGAGGAACUGUGGCGUUCAGUUACUAGUGUAGGAGACACGAUCAAUGCGAUUGCAUUCGGAAUUUUGAUUCUGUUUACAGCGUUUGGUAAUCUUUUGAUCCUUGCUGCCGUCUUUAAGAGCAAGAACCUUCGCUUUCGCACACACUUCUACAUCGUCAGCCUUUCGCUAGCGAAUUUGCUCAUGGCCGGUGUAGUUAUGCCUCUUCGAGUGAUUAGCUUUGUGGAAAAAAGCACUUGGUUUGCUAAUCCAGAUCUGUGUGAAACAUAUGGCAGCUUCUUUGUACUGUUUUGUACAGUGACCGUCUACACACUGGCUGCAAUGAGCUUGGAUCGGUAUUUCUCGAUCUCGCGAUACAAGUGGUAUCAGAAAUUCCUCACCAACGGACGAACAUUUUGGUUCAUAAUUCUCUGCUGGAGCGUCGCAGUUCUCGUGUCGUUCGUAUUCGCGAAUUUCGACAACAAUGCGGAAAAAUCCAUGGACUGCAAGUUGAGCAAAACAUACACAACGGCAUAUGUUUACGUUUUUGUGGGCAUAGAAGUCUUAACUCCGGUGGUCUUCAUGUUGAUCUUGCAAUGGCAGGUCAUGAAGACAGCCGUCAGCCAUCUUCACACAGUGGACGUCUGCGGAAGACAGAUCAAGAAUCUGGACUAUGCUGAUUUUCCAUCGAUCGCCAAAGAAUCGACUUGGUCGAAGAUCGUGGUUCGAAUCACGCUGAGUUUCGUCAUCUUUUGGAUUCCAAGAUGCAUUUUCCUUCUCUUGGACAAUAGUAACACUGCAGGAAUCCACGACGUCGCGGAUGGCUUGACAGAAAUUAUGACUUACUGUUUCCCAGCUUCAUUCGCCUUGCUGUUGGGUUACUGGAGCAAGGAAUUCAAAGAAGAAUUCACGAAUAUGCUGUGUCCUUAUGCUUGUUAUCAGAGGAACAAGGAUAUGAAGAAGUAUCGCAUGGGCGACUCCAAUAAAGUCAAGCCAUCCAUGAUGUACAGAAAGCACUCGAAAAACUUUCCAAUCUCAUGAACAUUGGAAUAAGAAUGUGGAAAUUAAAUGGAAAAUCUGUAGUGAGGGUACCACAGACACCCCUCUGGAUAUAGACCCUCUCUCCACCCUUAGAUCUUUGUAUAGCAUUGCAAUUACAGCAAUGUACCUUUUGAACAGGUUCCUUAGUGGAGCAUAGUGUGAAAAGAAAUUGACAAUGGCAUGUGAAGUGAGCUUAGUGCGGUCUGAGCAGAAAUAUCUUGUGCUUGACUUUCUCCAUCUGCCAAUUGUUCCCUUUCUGCCCUUAACUCCACUAUACUAAUCGGCUAGUAUUGGUGUCUAUGAGCACCAAGGUUAUAAGGUGUGUGUUUCUUAUUAUAGUGUUGUGCAAACUGCUUACCGCCUUAUACGGCUUCAAAGACCAUAUUCUGCUCCUCUGAUUAGUCUUUGCAACACAGAUCGAGUUUAUAAAUUUAGCCUGGUGGGGGCUUAAAAUUUGAUGACAAAAGUACAUGAUUGUAUUAUGAUUAGCAUUUUUGAUGGUGGGUGAGGGAGAAUUGGGGAGGAUGAGAUUAAGUAUCCCUUUCAUAGUUGUUGUUGAGAAAGUUAUCAUCUAUUAAUGUAUUUAAUAGUGAGUACAAACACUUGGUUUGCAAUGUGUUGCAGAAGUUAUGAAGUAGGGUUUUUGAGAUGUCCUUUUAGCUUGGGACAAGGAAUAAAGUGAGUAUCAGAUUUAAA